AUGCGGGAGGUUCGUGGCGUCCCUCAGACUGAGGGCGAGAGGAGUGACGGACAUCAGCGCCUGCCUCCCACCCCGCGCUCUUCGCGGCCCGCGCUUGCCCCCGAGAGCGCGUUCGAGACGGACGGAAGAGGUCGAACUCUGGAGAGGCUUCAGAGGCUUGAACGCAUGCACUGCCAACUUGUGAGCGCCAUCCGGAGGGAGGCAAACCAAGUGGCGACGCUUCUUGUAACGGGUCUGCUUCGUCCUGUAGUCAUCUGCAUGCUCACUGCAACGCUCAUGUCCUUGCUUUUGACCUCUCCCUCCCCUCCCAGUCUUCCCACCGCUCCCCCUCCUUGUUUUCCCUCUCCUGACUCUCCUCCUUCAUGUGUCUCGUCGUCCUCUACGGCAGACGCACCUUCUGAGGGAGGCAGCGUGUCUCUCUCCUCGUCUCCUGCGUCUUCGCUCCGGCGCUCGCGUAGUUUCGUCCGAGACGUUUCUCGAGCCGUCUGUACAGUGCGCCGCCUCUUCAGUCUCGUUCACGGGGAGUUUGUCUCGCACUUCUUCGAACUGGGUCUCGACGCGCUCCUCUACGUCGCCGUCCUCACCUUUGGUCUGGCUCUCGCGAUCCGCUGGGGAUGGCAUCGACUUCUCUAUUACCUAAUGGCUUCCUCGGCCGCCUUCAGCCUCGUUGCCGGUUGCGGAGGAGCGGUCUAUUUGUUUGCAUGCAGGUAUUUGCAGCCUAAGGCAGGCGCGGUGACACAGAACGUCGCCUUUCCCGCAGGCAAGGCCCCCGUUUUCCGUCAAGAAACGAACGGAGACGAUGGGGGUGUUCUCGUUGCAACUGAGCAAAACAGUCUGCUGGCUUUCGUAUCACACUCCGUUUUUUCCACGAGCCACCUGAAAGAUGGCGUCUCCAGUCUGUCGGUUGCUCCGCAGCUCGACACCGUGCUCGUACUCAUCGCUCUCUGGAACCUCUGCGUGGGUGGGGCGUUUGCUCUUCUCUGGCUAGCCCCCCUCCGAAUCCGAAGUCAAUUCUUGGUGGCCACUUCAAGCGCCGCCGCCUUCACCCUCCAACUUCUCCUGCUUCAUUUCGGUGCCAAAUAUAGCCCAGAAUCGCCGUCGACGCCCACGACAUUCCUUCUUCUCUGCUUGGCUGCUUGGGAUAUCUUUGCAGUGCUCUCGCCCUGGGGACCACUUCGAUGGAUUUUACAGGGCUUGAGGUCUACUGACGCCAGACCAAUGCCUCUCCUCGCCUACGAAGCCUCUCUCGCUCGUCCGGUGCUGCCGCAUGCGGGCGUUAGGUCGGCGCGGAUGGCUUCUGAACCGGCCGGUCCCGGUGCGCCUUCAGCCCGGGACACCCCUUCAGGUGUCUGGACACCUGGAUCCCUGUGGUCAGUGGCUGAGCCCGGCUCGCCACUGCAGCGGGGGGAGGCCGGUGAAACGCGAACUGGCGUCAACGGACGUGAGGUUCGCAUUCGUAUGCGUCUCCCGGAAUAUGGCAGCAGGCGCAGCUGUCUUGCAGAGGAACAGAACUUGCAGUUGGAGCCACUGGCAGCUGGAUUUCUCAUUCAAGACGAACGGUCACGCUUUGACGCAGAAGUCCGGAGGCGGCAUAUCUCGGAGGCAGCCGCCGCGGGUGGCGACAGCCAGGCAUCUAGAAGCCGCGGACGAAGCAGGGGACAGCCAGUUCUCGAGGAAACAGAGAGACGAGGAAAUGGCGGGUCACUCACUGGUGUCCAGGGGAUGGCCGUGACAGGCGUCGGACAGUUGGGUGUCUAUACACCCCGAGAGGUGGGGAGAGGAGGAGCAGAACAGCGAGCACCUGAAGAUGCCGAGUGCGAUGGAGAAGGGCGUGAAUCAAGCAAGGCGCGUCUCUCUUUCGCUGGCGGAGAACAGGAGACCAUGAGGGGUGGAGAGGAAGAAGUCGAGGACGUAAACGGAAGAGUUCGCUCACGCGGUGAAUCCGAAAGGCAUCGGCCAAACACACAAGAAGGUCGAGGUGCUGCAACACGAGAGGGGUGGCCUACAGGGGAUCCGCUGGGUCGAAGCAAUGAAACUGAGACAGCUGAAGAGAGGGAGAAGAUUUUAGAAAUGGAAAUUGCGACCAUCAAGCAGCAACUACACAGGCUGGGUCGAGGCAGUGGACGAGCCAUGCUGGGCCUUGGCGAUUUCGUCUUUUAUUCCCUCCUUGCAUGCAAUUUGACGAGCUGGAGCCUCGCAGCUGGACUGGCAGGAAGCGUUGCUGUGUGGGUGGGACUUAUCAUUACCGCUGCGGGGACGACCUUUGGUCCGUGCCACUUCCUUCCAGCCCUUCCUCUCUCUAUCGUCCUCGGCCUAGGAGUGGGAACUGGCGUCUUCUACUUUGUCGAGCCCCAGGCAGAAUAUCUCAUUUCAGUCGACGCCUUCUUCUGA